UGGCACCUUGCAUGGUAGCCCAGUCAUCAGUGUAUUGUAGUUUUAGAGCGCUUUGAGUGGUCGGAAGACUAGAAAAGUGCUAUACAAGUGCAGUCCAUUUAGCAUUCAAAUGUUGAGAAAUGUCCGCCGUAGAAUAGUAGUAGAACGGCUGUCUUCCGUGGUCUUUUGACUGUGGUUAUGCUGACAACACAUAUCAGUGGUACCGUAAGGAGAUAGAUGGCUAGCUAGGUAGCUUCUCUGGAGCGGUGGGGAGUGAGGCGGAUGGACCGUUGGACCCUGUGCUGCCAGUGUAGCAUUAAAGCAUGACGACAUUUGCCAGCUAGAUAACUAGCCAGCUGUCUGCUAGUUAGCUUGCCUAAUUGUUAAUUCCACCAUGCUUUAAUGCUACACUGGUUACAGAAAAUGAGCCAAACAAAGUUGUCACUCAUCUGUUGCGCUGUGACAAGAGUGUGUGCAUGAAGCUCUAAGUUGUUCAAUUACUCUGGCUCUCAUCUCGCAACGUUAUUUCUUCACUCGUUUUAGUUACUACUGCAAAAAUCACCUCAGUGAGUCAACGACUUGUUGAAGGUUGGUUUAGUUUAUGUGGACGUUAACAUGCUUACUAUGAUGUGACCUAAAAAAUGUCCUCAUCUGUGGUUUUUGUGAGCAAUAUCUUGCACAAAAUGACAUUUUCUUUGAUCACAAAGCUUCAUCCACAAAGUGCACACUGGCCAAGAGUUGAGCAUGUCCACUUAUGUUCGUUGACUCAUGAAUUUGCAAUGCAAAUUUCCUGCUGAUAAGCACCUUCUACAAAUGUUUUUGAUGUCCUCAAUGCGUCCAUCAGUUGUGCUAGCCUCGAGGGUAACUGCAUCUGAGCCUAGAAUCUUGUUCACAAUGGCUUUUUUUAGAUGACAAAAUGUAUGUCUCUGCCACAGCAUGUGCCGAUUUCUGACUAGGCUACUAGUUCAGAUAGUAGGUGGCUAGCUAUGAGAGCUCUCUCAGACGCUUUCAUGGUCGUCCCCAUGAAAACUGCCUGUUUCUCAUUACAAUCACACAAGCGAACAAAAUACUUUUCAUCAGGGUUAGGCCUGACAUGAGGUUGAUCAGCAUCAUGUCCAGGUUCUGUAUUUUUCCUUUUCAAAAAUUCCGAAGGCAUAGCUGUCAAUCUCUCGACUGGGCCUUUUGUGUUUUUACCACUUUUGUCACCUGAAGGCCACCGUAGGUUGUCUCCACACUUGGAAAGGGAGGGGUGUGCCGAGCGGUUGCGCAACUGUUGACCGUUUGAACCCGCAGUUGCCGCUUGCUUCUAUAACAAUUCUUUUUUUUAAAUAAAUGCUUGUCAUCCUCUUCCCUAGGUCACAUCCGGGACCCCAAUAACCAGGUGCAGGUUGUGAAAAACCUACGCAUCUGUGUCAACAAUGUGGUGACGAGCCCAAACCCAGCAUCCGCUGCCUUCAGCCCUGCCCAGCGCCGAAGGCUCAACGAAGUGGUGUUAUCCUGCCAGCCACAAGAGGGGGCUGCGACCAACGUGAUCACGGCAGGAGACUACGACCUCAACUUCAGUGAUCACUCUCUUAAAGCUAGCGCCCCCUGGUACAGUGCCUGGAAAGAAACACUGUCUGAAGUCAGCACCUCCAAGCACUACACAGCGACUACGCCCUGGUUUGAAGCCUACAGGGAGAACUUCCUGCAGUCAAUGGCCACCUCAGACCAUGAGUUCCUCAACCACUACCUCGCCUGCCUGCUGGUGGUGUCCUCCACCGAGACGGUCCCUGUGGAGCAGUUCCUCAAGCUCUCUCAGGAGCAGCACAGGAUCCAGCACAGUGGAGAUUACACCAACCCCAAGUGGUUCAUACCCAACACGCUCAAGUACUACGUCUUACUGCAUGACAUGAGCGAGGGGGGCGAACAGAGGGCAGAUUCAGUGUAUGAGGAAAUGAAACAGAGGUACGGUCACCAGGGCUGCUACCUGUUGAAAAUGAACUCUCGUACCUUCUCGGCUGAAGAGGAUGAACAGAUUCCAGACCCCUGGAGUCAGUACCUGCACAGGAAUAAUCUGCCGAACCAGGAGGUGCUUGAUGAUGCAGCUGUGAACAGUGCUGCUGUUGAGAAUAACAUCAGUGCAGCUGAAGUGGACAGCCAUCACACUACAGAGAAAGACGGAGCCUCCAACAGCCUGGAAAGCCACCCUCUCCAGCUGGACACAGCGAGCAGCUCGGGGAGCCUGCACACCCUCAGUGCUAUCAACCCUGAGCUGAAGAAAGGUGCGAGAGAUCCAGAGAGCCUGGCGGGGGGAGCAGGGAGCCACGGAGCAUGUCUGACCCUGAAUGACCACGACCACGUCAGACAGUUCAUCCAAGAGUUCACUUUCAGAGGCCUGCUGCCACACAUAGAGAAGAACAUCCGGCAGCUCAACGACCAGGUACAGCUCCAAGCAUUGACCUUCCAUAUUAUAUAUGUGAUAAAUAAACAUUCACUUCCAGCUUCCUCUAUCACCACUGAAAUGGAUCCACAGAGGCAGACCGAUAUAUGUAAAUAUGAUUAGUUUUUGGUGUGGUUUGGGAAAAGUGGCGCCACCAUAUGGCCACUUAUGUAGCACUUCAUGUUCUUCCUGAAAACGAUUGAAUCCAAGGCUCAUGCUGCCCGGCGGAACCUUCUUUCUAAAGAUUGUCCGCUGCCAUUUUCAGAUUUGUUGAUUGCGAUACAGUUUCACAACUCUCCCCACACGCUUGUAAAUAGUAUUAUUACAUUAUGGCAGUGGAGGGCCGUGCAUUUUAUACCUGGGCCUUCUGUGCUGUCCUACUACACUUGA